AUGGCUGAGGAGGAAGGCAAGAGAGACUCCCUCCAAAUAAGUAUGAAGGGAUGCCGGACAAACAACGGAUUUGUCCAGAACGAAGACAUCCUGGAGAGGGAGCCGGAUCCAGGCAGCCCGGAGGACAACCCUCAGCCCUACACCAUGGACAUCCACGGCCCCGUGGCGCUGGACUUUACCGGCGUGCAGCCCUUUGCGGGGAUGCCCAAGGAGGUGCUGCUCCAGUUCUCAGGCCAGGCCCGCUACCGGGUGCCACGGGAGGUCCUUUUUUGGCUCACCGUGGCUUCGGUGCUCGUCCUGAUUGGCAUCACCAUAGCCAUCAUCGCCAUCUCUCCAAAGUGCCUGGACUGGUGGCAGGCAGGGCCCAUGUACCAAAUCUACCCGAGGUCUUUCAAGGACAGCGACAAGGAUGGGAAUGGCGAUCUGAAAGGUAUUCAAGAUAAACUGGACUACAUCACAAAUUUAAAUGUAAAGACUAUUUGGGUUACUUCAUUUUACAAAUCAUCCCUUAAAGAUUUCCGACAUGGUGUUGUAGAUUUUCAAGAAAUUGAUCCCAUUUUUGGAACAAUGAAAGAUUUUGAGAAUUUGGUUGCAGCCAUACAUGAUAAAGGCUUAAAAUUAAUAAUCGACUUCAUACCAAACCACACCAGUGAUAAACAUGUUUGGUUUCAAUUGAGUCGGAACCGGACAGCAAAAUAUACUGAUUAUUAUAUCUGGCAUGACUGUACCCACAUAGAUGGCAUGACCACACCACCCAACAACUGGUUAAGUGUAUAUGGAAACUCCAGUUGGCACUUUGAUGAGGUGCGAAAGCAAUGUUACUUUCACCAAUUUAUGAAAGAGCAACCUGAUUUGAAUUUCUACAAUCCUGAUGUUCAGGAAGAAAUGAAAGAAAUUAUACAGUAUUGGCUUGAAAAGGGUGUUGAUGGCUUUAGUUUCGAUGCUGUUAAAUUUCUUCUAGAAGCAAGACAUCUGAGAAAUGAGGCCCAAGUGAAUAAGACACUGAGUCCGGACAUGAUCACACAUUACUCAGAGCUGUACCAUGACUUCACCACCACUCAGGUGGGAAUGCAUGACAUUCUCCGGAGCUUCCGGGAGACUAUGAACCGAUAUAGCAGGGAGCCUGGGAGGUACAGGUUCAUGGGAACUGAAGCCAAUGGGGGGAACAUUGACAAGACCAUGAUGUACUAUGGGCUGCCUUUUAUCCAAGAAGCAGAUUUUCCCUUCAACGAUUACCUAACCAAACUAGACACUCCUGGGAACAGUCUAUUUAAUAAGGUUAUCAUGUCCUGGAUGGAAAACAUGCCAGAAGGAAAGUGGCCUAAUUGGAUGAUUGGUGGACCGGAUAACUCUCGGUUGACUUCUCGUUUGGGGAAAGAAUAUGUCAAUGUCAUGAAUAUGCUCAUUUUAACACUCCCUGGCACUCCCAUAACUUACUACGGGGAAGAAAUAGGAAUGGAAAAUAUUUUAUCCACCAAUCUCUACGAAAGCUAUGAUGCUAAUACCCUUGUUUCAAAGUCACCAAUGCAGUGGGACAACAGUUCAAAUGCUGGUUUUUCUGAAGGCAAUCACACCUGGUUACCCACCAAUUCAGAUUACCACACUGUGAAUGUUGAUGUCCAGAAGACUCAGUUGACAUCAACUUUGAAGUUAUAUCAAGAAUUAAGUUUACUUCAUUCCAAUGAACUGCUUCUCAGCAGGGGCUGGUUUUGCCAUGUGGGGAGUGUGGGGGAUGACAGCCACAUUGUUGUGUACACGAGAGAGGUGGAUGGCAUUGACAGAGUGUUUACCAUGGUUCUGAAUUUUGGAGAAUCAACAUCAAUGGUGAAUCUAGCAGAAAUGAUUUCAGGACUUCCCUCAACUGUGAGCAUAAGAUUAAGUACUAAUUCUGCAAACAAGGGCAGUGCCAUUGAAACCAGUGCCAUUAAACUGGACAAGGGAGAAGGACUCAUCCUUGAAUACAGAACAAACAAUCUCCUUCAUCACCAAACAGCUCUCAAAGACAGAUGCUUUGUUUCCAGUCGGGCAUGCUAUUCCAGUGUAUUCAACAUAUUGUACAGCCUGUGUUAA